ACAUUCUGGAACAGACUCCAAAAUAAGCAGUUGUAAAAAGAACCCGGAGAGAGUUAAUGAACACGCACAAAUGCCUUGAUCUAAUGUCAAAAUAACUUUUCUUCUGAAUUAAUGCAUUUUUUGGUUUGCAAAGGUCCUGCUCUCUACGCCUACAACAAUGCAGCGUUCGAUAAGGAAGACUGGGAAGGAAUUCAGAAGGCAGGGAGGAGUGACAAGCGCAAUGACCCAAACAAAGUUGGGAGGUUUGGAAUCGGCUUCAACUCUGUUUACCACAUAACAGAUGUGCCAAGUAUAUUCAGCGCAGGGCACCUUGGCAUGAUGGACCCCCAAGAAAAAAUAUUCGGACAAAGAAAUGGAGGUUUUCGGUGGUCUUUGGAUGAUGCAGAUCACCAAGAAGCUCUCACGAAAAUGCACGAUCAGUUCCAUCCCUUUCGAGAUAUAGUUUCACUUGUAAGCGGACAAGAAUGGUCAAAAGUCAUCAUUGAGGAUCAACACUUUGACGGGACAAUUUUCAGAUUUCCCUUUCGCAAAGAAAAAUCAGAUAUUUCAGAUAAUCUAUAUGACUCUGACAAGGGAGUUGAGCUUUUUGAUAGCUUCAUUGCGGAUGCAGACUUAAGCCUUCUGUUCCUGAAAAAUGUGACCUCUGUGGCCUUGAUACAUAUCGACAUACAUGGCAUUGUUAACACCAGACUUGAAGUGAAAUCCUCAAUCCCCACAGAUGUUGUUCUGGAGUCAGAAGACAAGUCAAUGAUUGAGGGUUCAACAAGGUUCAAAUUGAUAACCCUCAAAUCAGAAGACCUCAAAGAAACAAAGUGGCUUGUGACAACAUGUACCAUGAAAGAAGGCAAUGUAGAAAUUCUUGAUUCACUUUCAGAAAAGUUAAAGUUUUUCCCUCAAGUUGACUUAGCAUUCCCUUGUGGUGAGAAGAGAGACAGUAGUGAGAGUAGACUGAGCUGCUUUCUCCCCCUACCAAACAAUGAAUCCAACAAGACAGGACUGCCAGUUUAUAUCAACGCGUGCUUUGGCCUCACAGACAACAGAAGACACAUCAAAUGGCAAGAGGAAGACCAGAAACAUGACGAACAUGCUGUGUGGAAUGAAUUGCUGAUGAAGGAAGUGCUACCGCAGGCAUACCUCGUGAUCAUUCAAGAUGCUAUCAAACUUGCCCAACAAUCUAUUCUGCCUGUCUCUUCCGUGUACGAUCUGUGGCCAGAUAUCGCCCAGGUAAAGCACAGAGACAAAUGGGACAUCCUCCGCAGGAUUGGCGUGAACUUCAUCUCUAAAGAUGACAAACUCUGCCUUCUGGAGUACGUUUUGAGUGAUGGAAAAUACAGAGAACUCGAGGGUCUUCAGCUGCUUCCACUCAACGACGGCUCUUUCAGAUGUUUCACAAACAGAGAGGAGGACACUGCUUUGAUUGACAGCAAGGAAUUUCCAAAAGUCUUGCUACCAUGCUGCAAACACCUCUUCAUCAAAGAGGAUCUCAGUCCAGCCUGCCGUACCCACCUGAAAGAACUGGCCAGAAAAAGACUGGAAACAGACGAGGAAGGGGCCUGUUACCUGGGACGUCAGCAGCAGUCAACAUCCACCUUUAGACUGGCUCCAAGAAUUCUGGAAAUUUCUUAA